GCUGUGAAGCGCACACACUAUCUGUGAUCUCAGCUUCUCAACUCUUCUCCAAGUUACUGCAUAUCUGCAAACUUACGAUGGCAUCUGUUGCGCUAGCCACAAGUGGGUACAGCUCCUGGAGCAGCUCUAGCCAGAAUGUCUCUAGCCGGACCCAGGCUAGCUCCACCAGGAUCAACAGCAUCAAGUCCAGCAGGCUGUCAAUGGCUAGAAAGGCCCCCAGCAUGUACGGCGGGGCAGGAGGGCUUGCCACUCGUAUCUCCCUCUCCCCCAUUUCCCAGAUCUCCUCUGCCGGCAGCAUGGGAGGCUACUACCAGAAUAGGUUCACAGAGGGGUUUGUCCAAGUCAGUGGGAAGCAGACCAUGCAGAACCUCAAUGAUCGUCUGGCCACCUACCUGGAGAAGGUCCACUCCCUGGAGUCAGCCAAUUCCCACCUUGAGCUGCAGAUCCGGGAGUUCUAUAAUAACCGAGCUCCAAUGGCCGACAAGGAUCUGACUGGCUACUACCUGACUAUCUCUGAGCUUCGCAAACAGAUUAGCGAUUCAUCCAUGCACUCCACCAAGCUGAUGCUCCAGAUCGACAACGCCAAACUGGCAGCGGAUGACUUCAGGAUCAAGUACGAGAACGAGCUGGAGAUGAGGCGCUCGGUCGAAGGUGACAUCGUUGGGCUUCGCAAGUUCCUGGACGACCUGACCCUGAAGAAAACUGAUCUAGAGAUGGAGAUUGAGAGGUUGAAGGAGGAUAUCAUCCACCUCAAGAAGAGCCAUCAGGAAGAUGUGCAGGCCUUGCGUUCCCAGCUGUCCAGCGAUGUUUUUGUGGAGGUGGACUCUGCUCCUGGGGUGGACCUCGGGAAGAUCUUAAGCGAGAUUAGAGAGCAGUAUGAGAGCGUAGUGGCCAAGAACUUACGCGAGGUGGAGACUUGGUUCAAGACUCAGACGGAGGCUUUGAGUCAUCAGCUUACAACCAAAACCACUGCGAUUCAGACCUCCAAGACCAAGAUCUCUGAACUGAACCGCACCUUCCACUCUCUGGAAAUUGAGUUGCAGGCUGUGCAAAGCUUGUAUUACAACCUGGAGACCACUGUGGCAGAGACAGAACGCCGCUAUGGGGCAGAGCUGAGUCAGCUGCAAGUGAUCAUUGACAGGCUGCAGAGUGAAUUGAUGCAGGUCCGAAUGGACACGGAGCGCCAGGGCAAUGAUUACAGGAUGCUGCUGGACAUCAAGACCCGCCUGGAGAUGGAGAUCACGGAGUACAGGCGCCUGCUGGACGGGGAGUCGAGCAUGGUAACCAAGACACAGAAGGUAACCCAGGUUGACUCAUCCUCAAGUAUCAAAACCAGCAAGGUCACAGAGGAAGUCUGUGUUUCUACUGUCUCUAAGGAAGUUGUAGUGGACCCCUUGGUGACACGCAGGGUGAAGAUCAUCACCCAGGAGGUUGUGGAUGGCGUGGUCAUGUCAGAGAAACUGGAAGAGAUGGAGCAGCAGUUAUAGACAUGCCAGGGCCACGCGCUUCAUGAGAGAGACGGAUGUACUGCAUGUCUCGCUAAAGCACUUAAAAAAAGAGCAAGACUCUGUUUGAUUCUGUUGAUGGUAACGGUAAUAAUAAUAAUAAAAUUAUUAAUAAAUAAUAAUAAUAAUAAUAAUAAUAAUAAUAAUAAUAAUA